CUUUCUCAUGAGUAGCUUCCAGGUCGUUCCUGACGUCCAUAAUAGGAAGCAUUGAAUCAGAUCUUUCUUCAGGUGGAAGUUACCACGCAAGCUCGUUUCGUGACUGCGUUUGCUUCAACAAAAGGUCUUGGGCAUGGCUUUGGCCAGCGUUAUGGCAGCACGAGGCCCUUCUUACAAUGACACGAGCCCCCUUUGUUUGGUAGUUGUAUUAAGUCAAGGGCAAUCGCAAGGCUGCAAAAUCUUAAUGUUUAGUGGAAGAUUCCAGGUUAGCUGUGGACGCCUCAAGCACCUCCAUUCGUCCUUGCACGUCUGCAAACUGCAAUCUAGGAAAGUGCGCCUGAGCUCGGGAAGCACCCUAUGCGGGAAGCUCAAUACACGGGAGAACGCUCUUUAAGCAUCAAUACUCAAAUUCUCCCGCUUCGAGGU